CUUGUCGGUGGGAUUGCGCGUGCGCUUAGGUCGGGUCAGAGGAGUCAUCGCGUUCGCCCCUGCUGGGGUCUGUCCUCACGAUAAUCAAGCAAAAGAAAGAUGAGCUUCAUCUGUGGACUGCAGCUUGCUAUUAGAAACUGUGUUUUCUUCCGAUUUAAUUCACUGGCCAACUGGAGAAAAUGUAACACACUAGCAGUAACCUCGCUGGACUGUCCUCAAGUACAAAUUAAUCAUAUAGUAAAUACAUAUCAAGGACUGGGAGUAAAUCAGUGUAAUAGGUUGGCUUUUCUGCCUGGAAACUUUCAUUUCUAUAGGACUUUUAGUAACAAAAGAACAGGAUGCCUCUCAAGUACGAAAAGUAAGGAAAUUUGGAUGAUCACCCGCAAAUGUGCUGCAUGGAAUGAGUCUUUUUCAAGACAGCUACUGAUAAAAGAAGUUCUAGUAGUUCCUGCUCUUUCAGUAUUGUGCCCUCUAAGCUAUCCUCCAUUAAGAGCUGUAAGGAAUUUCCACACUUCUCCCCGGUUUCAAGCUGCUCCGGUUCCUCUCUUACUGAUCAUUCUUAAACCAGUGCAGAAGCUACUUGCAAUCAUCGUAGGCAGGGGCAUAAGGAAAUGGUGGCAGGCACUUCCUCCUAACAAGAAGGAACUAUUUAAAGAAAGUGUAAAGAAAAAUAAAUGGAAGUUAUUCCUUGGUUUGAGUAGUUUUGGAUUGCUAUUCAUAGUGUUUUAUUUUACUCACCUGGAAGUGAGUCCAGUCACAGGAAGGAGCAAGCUACUAUUAUUGGGGAAAGAGCAUUUCAGACUUUUAUCAGAACUGGAAUAUGAAGCAUGGAUGGAAGAAUUUAAAAAUGAUAUGUUAACUGAGAAAGAUGACCGAUACCUGACUGCUAAAAAAGUAGUUUAUCAUCUAAUUGAAUGCAAUAAAGAUAUCCCAGGGAUCUCUGAGGUCAAUUGGAUUAUUCAUGUGGUUGAUUCCCCAGAUAUAAAUGCCUUUGUAUUUCCAAAUGGACAAAUGUUUAUUUUCACUGGGCUUUUAAAUAGUGUGACUGAUAUUCAUCAACUUUCCUUCCUUCUGGGCCAUGAAAUAGCACAUGUAGUACUUGGGCAUGCUGCAGAAAAGGCUAGCAUGGUUCAUUUCUUGGAUUUUCUUGGUAUGAUUUUUCUCACAAUGAUUUGGGCCCUUUGUCCUCGAGAUAGUUUGGCACUUUUGGGCCAGUGGAUACAGUCUAAAUUGCAGGAGUAUAUGUUUGAUAGGCCGUACAAUAGAACAUUGGAGGCUGAAGCUGACAAAAUUGGACUACUGCUUGCUGCAAAGGCUCUCAAAAUUAGAGAGAUCUGUAACUGCCCACCACUUUCUGGACCAGACCCUCGAUUACUAUUCAAACUUGGCAUGAAACAUGUUCUUGAGGAAUCAGAGAAAGAAGACCUAAAUGUCACUGUUAAGAAACAGGAUAUGGAUACUCUUCCAAUUCAAAAACAGGAGCAAAUAUCUUUACAUACAUAGUUGAGAAAAAAACUUGCAGUUGAAUUGAAAUUUAUGAGACACAAGAUAUAUGAAGAAUACAGCAAUCCUUAUCAUUUCUAUGUUAUUACUUUUUUUAAUGUUUAAAUGAAAAAAAGUAUAUUCAGGUCAAAUCAUGUAUAUUACAGAUAUCUAAAUUCUUCUACUGGGUAGUUAUUUUUUAUGAAAUAUUGAUGUAUUUUAAUCUAUUUUAAAAUAUUUUCAAUGAGGAAAAUGUCACAGAAUA